UAACAGUUUCACCUUCAACGUUGGACUAAAACAAAAAACAAACCCAUCGCACGCCCAUAACAUCGGCAAUUAUGGAAAUGAGUACGAGCCUCGUUAAUUUUCGUAAAAUCGUAGCCAGCUUUAACAAAGUUUAACUAAAUUGGGCAUCAAAUUAUUGAGAGCCCGCCUAAGCUUACCCGAGGCGGAGCCCGUCCAGCUGCUUUAGCUUUGCCAUAUUUAUGCACAAAAGUAAGCCACCAUCGACCAUUCACCAUCGACCAUUCACCAUCGACCAUUCACCAUCGACCAUUCACCAUUUACCAGCCAUUGACCAUAUAGCAGUCACCGCAUUCAGGAGUUACAUCCAUGGCAGAGGGCGUUCUCCCACUGGGGUAGUGAGAAAUGAGACUGAAAAUGGAAAUGGAAAUGGAAAUGGAAACGGGAGUCGUCAUCGGGCCACGGCCACUGUCGAAUGGAGAAGUGGCAACUGGCGAAUCGCCCGCACGAAAUGCGUGGCCAUAGCCCGACGCAAUGCUCGCACUGAAAAACGCGGGGCGGCGCCAUCCGUCCUUUUGGCCAUCCAUCCAGCCAUCCAUCCAGCCAUCCAUUCAGCCAUCCAUCCAGCCAUCCAUUCAGCCAUCCCGUUGAAAAAGCCCCGAAAAGCCCGCUAUUGCUGCCGGCAGUACGGCAAACGUUUUUCGGUUUUUGUGGUCAAUGAAAAAUCGCUUUAA